UAGAUUGAGUGCAGAGGAAGAAAUGCAUAAGAGACACGACCAGUAUAAGAAUGAAAGCCAUCAUCUUUGAAGCCCGUUUACCCAAUCCGACCAAGACAUCAGCUUGAGCAUCUCGAGAACUUAGAUCAACGCCAAAGGGACGAUCUUGGGAUAUAGAGGAAGAAACCCGUGAAGGAUAAGCAACGCAAGUUUGUUAUAAAAUCCCAAAAUCAGAGACCCAGAACCGAAUUCGCCAUUGUUGACGGUGAAGGAAGGUUAUUGGUGCAGUUGAUACUUUCUAAGACGUGUUCGAGAGAAAAAAAUUCUCUGUCCGAACAGGGAGGGGAACAUGUCGUCGACAACAACAUCUGUAUUUCUAAAAUCCUCACGUUUGAAAUUCUCUCGCCUUCUCUCUCGGCCUCUGUCCUCCUCUGCUUGCGAAGCCAGAGAUGAUGAGUUUGCAUCUCUCGUGAUUCAAUCCAAGGAUCUUCUCCGCCGAAGCCAACAAACAUCGGCGAAGAACAGCACCGGGCUUCAUGUUCUGGACAUCCUCGGCGACCGUGUCGACAGAAGUCUAUACCACUUGUUGCUCAAGAAAUGCACCGAUUCUAAGAGAAUCUCAGAGGGGAGAAUCGUCCAUGCCCAUAUCCUCAUCUCCGUGUACCGUGACGACCUCAUUAUGCACAACACGAUCCUCAACAUGUAUGCCAAAUGCAGUAGCUUGGAUGAAGCACGCAAAGUGUUCGACCAAAUGCUCGAAAGAGAUUCUGUCUCUUGGACCACGUUGAUCUCCGGUUACUCUCAGCAUGAACAACCCCAAGACGCCCUCCUCCUCUUUUCCCGGAUGUUGAAACUCGGUUUCCGUCCUAAUGAGUUUACUUUGUCCAGCACUGUCAAGGCAGCUGCGGCUGAGGCUGGCUACUCGUGUGGUCGCCAACUCCAUGGCUUCUGCCUCAAGAGCAGCUUUGAUUCGAAUGUUUAUGUGGGUAGCUCUCUUCUUGACAUGUACACACGCUAUGGACUCAUGGAUGAUGCUCGAUUGAUCUUCGAUACCUUAGAGAGCAGGAAUGAAGUUUCUUGGAAUGCUUUGAUAGCCGGGCAUGCUAGGAAAUCUGGGACGGAAAAGGCUCUUGAACUUUUCCGAGGGAUGCUGAGAGAAGGUUUCAAGCCAUCCCAUUUCUCUUACUCUAGCCUCUUCGGUGCUUGUUCUGGUACGGGUUUCUUGGAGCAAGGUAAAUGGGUGCAUGCUUAUAUGAUCAAAUCCGGCGAAAAGCUCAUAGCUUUCGCCGGAAAUACUCUUCUCGACAUGUAUGCGAAAUCGGGAAGUAUCCAUGAUGCAAGAAAAAUAUUCGACAGGCUAGCUAAAAGGGAUGUGGUGUCUUGGAAUUCGUUGCUAACUGCUUAUGCCCAACACGGGUUCGGGAAAGAAGCUCUCCGCUUGUUUGAGGAUAUGAAGAGGGUUGGAAUUCCUCCCAAUGGUAUCACAUUUCUAGCUGUGCUUAUGGCUUGCAGCCAUUCUGGUCUUCUAGAUGAAGGAUGGUAUUACUUUGAAUCGAUGAAGAAACACGGGUUAAGACCCGAGGUCUGGCAUUAUGUUACAAUUGUAGAUCUUCUUGGCCGAGCCGGUUUUCUUGAUAGGGCGAUGGAGUUUAUCAGGGAAAUGCCAUUAGAACCCGCUGCAGCGAUCUGGAAAUCCCUGCUUAAUGCUUGUAGGAUGCAUAAGAACUCGGAGUUGGGCGCUUAUGCCGCCGAGCGUGUGUUUGAGCUUGACCCCGAUGAUCCCGGUCCCCAUGUCAUACUAUACAACAUCUAUGCCUCGGCUGGUAGAUGGAAUGACGCUGCCCGGGUGAGAAAGAAGAUGAGAGAAAGCGGGGUUAAGAAGGAACCAGCUUGUAGUUGGGUAGAGAUUGAGAAUUCGAUCCACAUGUUUAUUGCGAACGACACGGCUCACCCACAAAGGGAAGAGAUCCGUCGAAAAUGGGAAGAGGUUUAUGCAAAGAUCAAGGAGUUAGGGUACGAACCCGACACUAGCCAGGUGGUUGUCCAUGUGGAUCAACAGGAGAGGGAAGCAAAUUUGCAAUGCCACAGCGAGAAAAUCGCAUUGGCGUUUGCCCUUCUGAACACGGCUCCCGGAUCAACCAUCGUGAUCAAGAAGAACAUCCGGGUUUGUGGGGAUUGCCAUUCAGCAAUCAAGUUGGCAUCAAUGGCGGUCGGGAGGGAGAUCAUAGUGAGAGAUACAAACAGAUAUCACCAUUUCAAGGACGGCACAUGUUCUUGCGGAGAUUACUGGUAGUUACAGUAAUAGAAGGAGAAUCAGUGGCUUUCUGCUCUACAAAAUCCUCAAAUGGUGAAAAACCAUAUCAGUUAGUUCUGAAAUCAGAGCUUUACAUGUCACGUGAAGCCCUAAAUUUCUGGAGCUUCACUGCAUCCCACAAGGUGCGUGGCAGUUUCGGUAUUUGGAUCAGGAAUGGUUCGGUUUGAUUCUUUCGGUUUUAUA